AUGAAAUUGUGGACUCUCUCGUGAAAAAUGAAGAUCCAAAAGUACAGCAAACUAUUCGCUGUAGCUCUAACAAUUGUGCAAAUAUGGACAGUGAAAUCACACUCUAUAAACGAAGGCAAAAUCAAUUACGAUGAGGUGAUAUCAACUAUGGAAAAUCAAUUAUCGCAAUGUCGAGCUCAGAGUAAAACUCAGAAAAAUUCCGAACUAUGGACCAUAUUAAGUGAUAUUCAACAAAUCAAGUCGAAUAUUUGCGAUAUCGAUUCAAAGUUAAAGGGAAAAGAUGAGAUAAUCGCAUAUCAAGAAGUUCAGUUAGAGGACAAGACAAAACUUCUGGAUUUUCAAAUAAAAGAAACAAGUAAAUUGAGACAGGAAGCAUCUGAUUACAAAGACCAAAUACAGAAUUUACAAUCAAUUAUAACAACUUACAAUACUACCAACAAUAAGAAUAAUGCUGAAUUAUCAAAGUUGGCAUUGGAAUACAAUCGCUUUAAUAAGGAUCGAGGUAACGAAAUAAUUGAGCUGAGGAAUGAACUAAAACAACACGAAUUGAGUCACACAAGUUGUAUCAAACUGUUGGAUGACAACUUCAAGAAAUGUGAGAGCGAAAACAAAACUACAAUAGCUGAAUAUGAGAAAAAAUUCUUAAAGCUGCGUGCUGAGGCUGACGCUGUCAUGGAGAAACGGAAUAUUGCCGAAUCUCACGCUAAGGAAUGCAAUUCAUUGAGUGACGAAAUAAGGAACAAAAUAAACUCUAAAACAGAUGAAUUAAAAAAAUGCAUUAUAAAGAAUGAGUGGUUAUCGACGCCCACUCUAAAUCUUUCAAGCUCUUGCUUAAACCUUUCUGCUGGAGUUCACGAGAUACAAAUUGAAAAUGGAAAACAUUUCAAUGUGGUUUGUGAUGGUGAUGGCUGGAUAAUCAUUGCGAAACGAUUUGAUGGAAGUCAAGACUUUAAUAAGACCUGGAAGGAAUACAUGGAUGGAUUUGGCAAUUUGCAAAGCGAGUUUUUUAUUGGAUUAGAAAAAAUACAUCUUAUUACCACUUUGAGACGAUACAAGUUACAUAUUUUCCAAGAAUAUGAUCAGCUUACAGAUUCCACAGAUUAUGAUGACUUUAGGAUUGGAGAUGCAGAAUCGCAGUACGAGUUGGAAGAAAUCGGAAAUCGUGAGAAUGAUAAUUACUAUGAUGUCUUAUAUUACUAUAAAAACCAGAAAUUUACAACAUUUGAUAAAAAUAAUAUUGGGAAUUCAGGUUUCAAUUGCGCCAGUGAAGGCAGGGGCGGCUGGUGGUAUGCAGAAAAUUGUCAAUUUCGGUGGAACCUAUAUAUAAAGUCCAUACUUAUGAAGAUUCGCCCGUACUUUAAUUGAACGAACGAAGAAAAUUGAAAUGAAUAAAUUUACUUCCUCAACAAUAUUGUAUAAGAGGAAAAGUACACUCUCACUUCGAGGUUAUUCAUUUGAAAUGGAUUUAAUAUUUCUAACAAAUUACCUAUUAAACACAUUUCGAUUUUGACAAACCUUUUUCUAUUUUCCAAAAAUUCUUGUGUAUAUCGCAAACAAUGAACAAACAAUGUUUAUGUAUA